UGGGACAGCCCAACAAGAACUUGGUGGUCGUAGUUUACACACGUGUCAGGCUGUGCACUACAAACAGACACGUUGAGCGUUCAACGCCACUCGAAUCCGCAGUCCCUUGCCCUUCGUACUUCACCAUCGUCCACUACAAGUCGUAGCACGCUUACUGCUCAAGACAUCCUAAGACCUGUUUUCUCAUCUUCACACCGCCAUGGCGCCGAGCUCUGUUCGUUCCUGGUGGCGUUCGCUGCGGCGUUCUCAACGUCCGAGUGACGAUGCUGCUUUAGACGAUCGCUUAGAUCCUACUGAGGCCAAAAGGCAGAUUGAUCGCAUCCCUCGUUUUCGCAUUCUCGUGAUGGGGAGAUCAAAUGCGGGUAAAACAACUGUUUUACAGCGGGUCUGUAACACUAUGGAUCAGCCUGAGAUCUUUGAUGAGAACGGAGAGAAGGUUGAUACUAGAGCGGUGCAGGGUUCAUUGGGGCGUGGCUACCAUAACAUUGAAGAUGAGCUAGUGUUUAAAAGUAACCCGCGCUAUGUGUUCCACGACUCAUGUGGAUUUGAGGCGGGGAGCGAGGAAGAGUUUGAUAAGAUGAUGAAAUUUGUUACGAAUCAAGCAAAGUCCACCAAACUGGAGAAGAAACUGCAUGCAAUUUGGUAUUGCAUUCCAUUGAAUGAAAGACAUAGGAUGGUUAUGGCUGCUGAAAGGAAGUUCUUUAAUGAGUGUGAUUCAGGACAUGUUCCUGUGAUUGUGCUACUAACAAAGGCAGACACCUUAAAUCUUGAUGCAGUGCAGCAGCUUAUGCGCAGGGGGUUAACUCUAGAUGAUGCAAUGAGAGAGGCACCAGAGAUAGAAACACAGCUGCAAAAUGGCUGUCUUGCAAAGAUCAAGCAGUGGCUGGAUGAAAUGAAGUUUCCACCUCAAAGCUACCUAAUACUCACUGGCAUGGAACAGGAGAGUGCAGAUUGUGAAGAGCUAUUGAAAUGCACAGCAAAUGCUUUGACUGAGGAAGGGCUGCAAGGACUGCUUAUAUCAUCACAGCAAUCAAACUUGGGACUCUGCAUGGAAUUUGCCAUAAUGAGGACACUGAAGCAAAGCAUGAACAUGGGGGCUGAUUGUAUUGAUUUGGAGGAGUUAGCAUAUGCCCUUGGAAUGUGGUUCCCAUUUGAGGUGUGUGAAAUUCUGCAAGUACAAGUAUAAUUGAUGCUGAAGGUGAUGGUUACUGUUGUGUUUGACUAUGAUUAACAGAAUGUAAGUUGACUCAUUGAAGAUCAUGGUGGGUGCAUGCUGACAGGUUUACUUCCACCCUGUUGGACUGGGGUUCA